AUGUCCUCCGCAGAGCACAUCGGGAUAGAGAAGGAUGAGGAAGUCGUCUCGUCCUCUCCAGCAGCCGAGGUGGGCAAGACGGCGUCGGUAUCUGGGGAAAAUGGCGUCGAGUCCAGCUCUGACGAGUCCCUCGACGAAAGCUACCAGGUUUUCAAGGCGACCGAGGACCUGCGGGUCGACCCGGCUGAGGCGAAGCGGGUUCUGCGCAAGAUCGACUUGAGAGUGGUGCCGGUGCUGUUUUUCACAUAUAUGCUGCAGUACCUCGAUAAGAAUUCGUUAAACUUUGCCAGUGUAUAUGGCCUCAAGCAAGGGACAAACCUGCACGGGCAGGACUACUCGUGGCUAGGAUCGAUCUUCUACUUCGGCUACCUCGUCGCGCAGUUCCCGUCGUCUUUCGCCCUCCAGGCCCUCCCGAUCGGCAAGUUCGUCAGCGUCAUCACAGUGCUCUGGGGCGCCAUCCUGAUGACGACGCCGGCGUGCACGUCGUUCGCGGGCAUUGCGACGAACCGGUUCCUGCUAGGGUUCUUCGAAGCGGCCAUCAACCCGGCGUUUGUGAUCAUCAUGAGCAUCUGGUACACGUCGGAGGAGCAGCCGCUGCGCCUCGAGGCGUACUACUGCACCAACGGGAUCGCAACCAUGUUCGGGGGAUUGAUUGGGUACGCGGUGGGACACAUAACGACGGGGAUCGCGGGGUGGAUGUACGUCUUCAUCAUCUUCGGGUCGCUUAGCGUCUUCUGGGGCGUCGUGAGCCUGCUGGUGCUGCCGGACCUCCCCUCGACGGCGAGGUUCCUGGACGAGCGGGAGAGGCUGGUGGCUGUUGACCGGGUGGCACGCAACAGGCAGGGCGUCAAGAACCGACACUUCCGGUCGUACCAGGCCGUGCAGUGCGCCAGGGACCCCAAGACGUGGAUACUGUUCGUGAUGGCCGUGGCGGCGCAGGUGCCCAACGCCGCCAUCACGAGCUUCAGCAGCCUCAUCAUCAACGGCUUCGGCUUUGACACGCUCGGCUCGCAGUACCUGCAGAUCCCCGGGGGCGCGGUCCAGUUCCUGGCGCUGAUCAUCGGGGGCUGGAUCUGCAGCAAGUGGCCGCAGAGCAGGUGCAUCACCAUGAUCGUUGCCAACACCAUCUGCAUCAUCGGAGCGGCGCUGUUGGUCGGGCUGCCGGAUGACAACAAGUGGGGACGGCUGGUGGCGCUCUGGCUGUGUUACUUCCAAGGCCUGGGGUUUAGCAUGUCGCUCACCAUGAUAUCGUCAAACAUUGCGGGCAGCACCAAGAAGCAGCUCACCGCCGCCGUACUGUUCACGGGCUAUUGCAUCGGCAACAUCGUCGGCCCACAGACUUUUAUCGACAGCGAAGCUCCGCGAUACCACUCGGCAUACAUAGCCAUGUUGGUCGGGUACUCGAUCAAACUGCUGGCGGUGGUGGUGCUGUAUAUUUACAUGUGGCGGGUGAACAAGGCGAGAGAUGCCGCCGGGCACACCAACGAUCGAGAGGCGGUCGAAAAGGGCAUGCACGAUACAACUGAGCUGGAUAAUCCGGGGUUCAGGCCCAAAACAGGGCGGCCAGCAGACGAAAAUGACGGCAUUGGCGCCCUCGCAGGCCAAGAAAAGCUUCAACCGCACUGCACGGCAACAAUCUUCCAACGACACGACGCGACACGACACCGCAAGCCCUCUCUCCCUCGUCCCACACCGACUACACCCCCAGCCAAAAACACAACCAGCUCCGUCAUGUCCAAGAGAACCUCCUCCGCCGCCACCAACGGCGGUGCCCAGAAGGCCGGGCAGGUUUCGUCAUAUGACAAGCAGAAGGACCUCCUCUCCUCCGAGACGGGCCACUUCUCGCUGAUCCGGGCCAUGCACCUGGCAGACCUGAUCACAGAGCUCAAUGGCUUCUGCGGCAUCAUGUCCGUCUUCUCCUCGCUGCGGUACUGCCUCCAGGACGACUACUCGCGCGGCAACAUCUACGCCGCCCUGGCCUUCCUGCCCUUUGGCCUGUUCUUUGACUUCAUGGACGGCAAGGUCGCCCGCUGGAGGAAGAAGAGCAGCAUGAUGGGCCAGGAGCUGGACAGUCUGGCCGACCUGAUCUCCUUCGGUCUCGCCCCGGCCGUCGUGGCCUUCGCAAUCGGCAUGCGCACCACGGUGGACCACGUGUGCCUGGCCUUCUUCGUGCUGUGCGGCCUCACGCGGCUGGCUCGCUUCAACGUCACGGCCACCUCGAUCCCCAAGGACGCCACCGGCAAGGCCCACUACUUCGAGGGCACCCCGAUCCCCACCAGCCUGGGGCUCGACGCCGUCAUGGCCUACUGGGUCUCCCAGGGCUGGAUCCACGAUGCCAUCCCGGGCGGCCUCUGGCUCGCAGACACCCCCUUUGCCUUCCACCCCGUCGUCGCCGUCUUCAUGCUGCACGGCUGCCUCAUGACCAGCAAGACCAUCCACGUCCCUAAGCCUUGA